AUGGGUGUUGAUAUUUUGGGUUUCGCAUAUGCCGCAACUGUAGCUGCAGGUGGUAUUAUGGGUUAUGCUAAGGCAGGAUCCAUCCCAUCACUGGGGGCUGGCCUCAUUUUUGGAUCUAUAUUAGGUGUAGGUGCAUAUCAAUUAACUCAAGAUCCUUCAAAUUACACACUCAUGCUAGGCACAACGACUACACUCGGAGGUGUUAUGGGUUACAGGUUUUAUAACAGUAGGAAGUUUAUGCCGGCCGGCCUAGUUUUCGCCUUGUCUGUUGCCAUGCUUGUAAAACUACUUGCUUAUAAUGUUGGUUCCAAAACAAUAACUGUGAAAAUUAAAUAA